CUGCCUCCACCACUCACUGUGCAGUCAGGAGCUGUCUAACUCUGCUGGGGGACGGGGCGCAGGCUCACUCGCUGAGGAGCAGAGGGAGAGAUCCUGCUGGGCUGGAAGAAGGGGGGGGCCCCCGCAGCACGGUUCUCCCUGCGCUCAGUUCAGGGGGAGAGUGAGACGUGGACUUGGAGACUCCGCUGGGAAGCGGGGGAGAGCAACAGUGCGAUGGACCCCAAGGACCGCAAGAAGAUUCAGUUCUCUGUCCCGGCGCCCCCCAGCCAGCUGGAUCCCAGGGCAGUGGACAUGAUCCGCCGCCGGAGGCCCACGCCCGCCAUGCUCUUCCAGAUGUCGGAGCACUCGUCCCCAGAAGAGGAUUAUUCCCCAUACCAGAGAACGCUGGGCGAGGGCCACCUGCUUAAAACAAAGAGGACCAACCCAUGUGUCUACACGCCUCCCUCUCUUAAAGCCAUGCAGCGCAUUGUGCAGUCGCACCUGGAGGCCAGCAGCGGCCUGGAGGACGAGGAGGCUGCCGAGCACGAGGACAGCUCCGAAGGGGAGGCCGAGGACGACAAGUCAUGUGACCCAGACGACAUCGACUCCGAGAUCCCCGGCCCGUGUGAACUAGAGAGCAGCGUCGUUCCUGGAGCCCAGGCGAUGAAGGACCCGCCUCUGGCACCUGAGGCAGUGGCCCCCCGUCCCAAGCCAGCUCUGCCCAAACAGCACUCUGCCCCGGGAAAUGAGGCCAGAGCAUUUGAACCACGUAUCUAUCCAGCUGUCGUCAAAUCACACAAAAGGAAAGGUGGCCAGAAAGUGUCCUUCGCUGGCGGGAUAGCGGAGCUUGGGGAUGAGCUGAACUCGCUCGCUGAAUGGGAGAAACCUGAAGUUACUGAAGGAGACGGGACCAAGGCCCAGGAACCGGAUCCAGGACAGGACAGUCCUUCCCCAAGUGAACACAAGGAGCGGAGACACGUUGGCUUUGCAGAGAGACCUUCCCGCUCUGUUAACGUUGAGAACUGCCCCGCCACCUCCCCGCUCGGAGGCACCAGUUAGCUUGGGUGGCGGAAGGAAGAUGGAGGAAGCCGUCCCAGAGGUGGAACGCACUCAUCUUCCCGCUCCAUGUUAUGGAUUCUCUUUCCUUAACGUCCUCAUUUACUUUAUUUCCCCCCACUUCCUUUCUCAUCUUUCUGAUUUUCCCGUUAUCUGCCAAUGGAUGGCUUGUUUCUGUUAAGUGAAUUUAGUACUUCCGAAAGGUGGCAGCUGGACAGAUGUUUGAAAGCCUCUGCAUGUCCAUCUAGAUGAUAGAGAUGGGCAAGUCCUCUUGCUGUGGGGCAUCUAAUCCACCCCAGGCCCGGAGGCUAAUGCAAGAUUUCCCCUAUUCUCCAUUUACUAGUCCUCUGUCCUAUCCAUCUAACUGUGCCAAACAAUGGGGCUUCCGCCCCUUCCCUUAGGAGACAAUCACACAUCCCAGUGUAGUACAGGUGGCAGCAAUGCAAACUUUCCACAUGUCUUCAACCCUAAAGGCCCUUCCUUUGGACAGUUCAGUCUUUUUGGUCCAUUUAGUCCUUGCCCUCUUUGCUUGAGCCUGCUAAAAGUGUGGUGGGGGGCAAUUAGUGUCAGCGAUGGUGGUGCAGGGGAGGUGGAGACCCUGCCCAACUUGCUAGAGUUGUUCUAGCAAGAGCUGCCCUAGGAUGUGGAAUCCUGGCUUGUGUGGGAGGGUUUGUGGGUGCAUGAACGUGCAAAGCUGGGCAAGAAUUCCCUCCUUCCUUCCAGCGGGGUGACGAUCUGGUCUUUAUCUCCACUGGCUUGUAUAUUUCGUUAAAGCAAACCAGCCCUGGGCUUCUCUGAAAGACCACAGAGCGAGAGAGGAACACGGGACCAAACUCCAGCUCCAUGUGGUAGGGGGAAGCCCAGUGCUACUAGGGGAGUGCUGACCAGAGGAGAAAGCUUGAAGAUGACUCCACCCACUAGAGCAUCUCCAUGACUUUCAGUGGACCGGAGUCUGGGUGUAGGGGCAGCGAACACAGGGGAGACAGGGCAGGUGGGAUUACUUUAAAAUUAAAAUGUGAAAUGGCACUGGACAAUUGAAUAGAGGUGGAGCCAAAUCAUAGUGUUGAUUCACCAGCCCUGGAGACUGAAGUCCUCUAGUUUAUAUCCUAGGGCAGAUAGGGUCAAGCUUCCCCCACCAAGGUGCCUCAAGUUGGAUCUGCAGGAAGGACCCUGUCUCGGAUCUUCAAAGAUUUUGUAGGUGCCUAACUCCCCUUGAGCCCCUGUCUCUAGCAAGGGAGAAGCCCCCCACUCGAUCCUUGGCUUCUCUGCUGACGCUGCCUACCAAAAGAGGCCAGUUUGUGCCAGUGAGGGUGAUUUUUGUCACGUGGCCACUUAUCUACUGGGACCUGAGCCAAGAACCCACUAACUUGUUUCACAGGAGCCACCACAUAUCUUACAAUGGCUAGCGGCUUGAGCUGGAUUUGUACCAGCCCCCUGGAGGGAACAUUAACGUGGAAAAUGCAAGAAGUUCCUGUUUGCCAAAUUCAAAAUGCUGUUUUCCAUGGUUAUAUCAUCCCUAAUGGGGACUGCGAGCAAGAGGCAGCUUCUUAGUUUAGUUUAGGUCUCUCUCUCUCUCUUUCUCAUUCUGUACUCUUUGAUCCUGUAUUGAGCAAAGCCCCUUCCAUGCACCUCACUGCGGUAAUAAAGCUUUGUAAAUAUA